UAUGUCUGGCCGUGGGAAACAGGGAGGUAAAGCUCGCGCCAAGGCGAAAACUCGCUCUUCCCGGGCCGGCCUUCAGUUCCCUGUAGGCCGUGUCCACCGCCUUCUCCGCAAGGGCAACUAUGCCGAGCGGGUCGGAGCCGGCGCGCCGGUGUAUCUAGCUGCGGUGCUGGAGUAUCUAACCGCCGAGAUCCUGGAGCUGGCGGGCAACGCGGCCCGGGACAACAAGAAGACUCGUAUCAUCCCUCGCCACCUGCAGCUGGCCAUCCGCAACGACGAGGAGCUCAACAAGCUGCUGGGCAAAGUCACCAUCGCGCAGGGCGGAGUCCUGCCCAACAUCCAGGCCGUGCUGCUGCCAAAGAAAACUGAAAGCCACCACAAGGCCAAGGGCAAGUAGAAAUCUGGGUUACUUUGCAGCGAUUUGAACGACUCAACAGAAUCAAAGGCUCUUUUCAG